AAUGCCACCAGAGGGCCGAAAUUUUGUGUUCUGCUUUGGUUGCAUGGCGUGUGUCACCGGAGUAAUUAAUUUAUUUAUGUAAAUAUUAAACAAUUAGUUUAUUAAUCAAUCAAAAGUUACCAUCAUGACGUUUAUAACGGCUAUUCGACAUUAUGUCAAUCCUAGAAGAUUGUCAAAAUUGCAUCCUUGCGUUUUUCAGAACAAUGUUCGUUACAUGGCAUCGCACGACAAAUUCGCAGAACACAAAGCAAUAGAAAACAUACGAAAUAUUGGUAUAUCAGCUCACAUUGAUUCCGGUAAAACAACUCUUACUGAAAGAAUUCUAUUUUAUACGGGAAGAAUUGCCGAGAUGCACGAGGUGCGUGGUAGAGAUAAUGUAGGAGCAGUAAUGGACAGUAUGGAAUUGGAGAGACAACGAGGAAUAACCAUUCAAUCGGCGGCAACUUAUACAAUUUGGAAGGAUCACAAUAUUAAUAUAAUCGACACGCCAGGACACGUUGAUUUCACAGUCGAGGUGGAAAGAGCUCUACGUGUUUUGGAUGGAGCAAUUCUCGUUCUUUGCGCCGUUGGAGGUGUUCAAUCACAAACACUGACUGUCAAUCGUCAAUUGAAAAGAUAUGACGUUCCAUUUAUGGCAUUUAUCAAUAAACUGGAUCGAAUGGGUGGAAAUGCUUAUAGAGUUCUCGAGCAAAUGAGAACGAAAAUGCAGCACAAUGCAGCUUUUAUUCAGUUGCCAAUAGGAAAGGAAAGUGAAACUCAAGGUAUUAUUGACUUGAUUCAUCAGAAAGCGCUCUAUUUCGAUGGAGAUUAUGGAGAGACUAUUAGACAGGACGAAGUUCCACAAAAUAUGAGAGCAGAGGUCGUCGAUAGAAGGCAGGAAUUAAUUGAACACUUGACGAAUGUUGACGAAACACUGGGCGAUAUGUUCAUUAAUGAAACGCCCAUGACCGAAAAGGACAUAAUGGCUGCAAUUCGACGAACUUGUAUAAAACGAACAUUUGUACCAGUUCUGGUUGGCACGGCAUUGAAGAACAAAGGGGUACAACCACUUUUGGACGCCGCUCUUGAUUAUUUACCAAAUCCUGGUGAAGUUUCAAAUUUUGCAAUUAAGGAAACAGAAGGAAAAGAACCAACAAAGAUCCUGAUGAAUCCGGCACGAAAUGAUGCAAAUCCUUUCAUCGGUUUGGCUUUCAAGUUGGAACUCGGCAAGUUCGGUCAAUUGACGUACUUCCGAUGCUACCAGGGAGUUUUGAAGAAAGGAGACAAUAUUAUUAAUACAAGAACAAACAAAAAGGUUCGUAUCGUGCGAUUGGUUCGUCUUCAUUCAAAUCAAAUGGAAGAUGUGACUGAAGUUUACGCUGGCGAUAUUUUCGCUUUGUUUGGAGUUGAUUGUGCUUCGGGUGAUACUUUCGUUAAUAAUUCAAAAUUACAACUUUCUAUGGAGUCAAUCUACGUACCGGACGCUGUCAUCUCCAUGUCCAUUCAUCCGAAAAAUUCAAAGGAUCGUGAUAAUUUUGCUAAAGCUAUUGCCAGAUUUACCAAAGAAGAUCCUACGUUACGUUUCACUUAUGACACUGACAAUAAAGAAAGUUUAAUAUCCGGAAUGGGAGAAUUGCAUUUGGAAAUAUACGCCCAACGAAUGGAACGUGAAUACAAUUGUCCGGUGACACUUGGUAAACCGAAAGUCGCCUUUCGUGAGACAUUACUUUCUCCUUGUGAAUUUGAUUAUUUACAUAAAAAGCAGAGCGGAGGAGCUGGACAAUUCGGUCGGGUUAUUGGUGUUAUGGAGCCUCUUCCACCUAAUAAAAAUACGGUUCUUGAGUUCCGUGAUGAGACAGUUGGAACAAAUGUACCAAAACAAUUUGUGCCUGGUGUAAAGAGAGGAUAUUUGAACGUCUGUGAGAAGGGAAUCCUCAGUGGCAAUCGAGUAGCUGGAGUUAUGUUUCGACUUCAGGAUGGUGCGAAUCAUUGCGUCGAUUCAUCCGAAUUGGCCUUCUACCACGCAGGUCAAGGUGCUGUAAGGGAUGUCUUUGAUAACGGGACAUGGAUAAUUUUGGAACCUAUUAUGUUAGUAGAAAUCACAAGUCCAGAUGAAUUCCAGGGAACCAUCAUGGGUAUGAUUAACAAGAAAAAAGGUUUAAUUUUGGGAAGUGAUGGAAGUGAAAACUGGUUCACAAUGAGAGCGGAAGUUCCACUAAAUGAAAUGUUUGGAUUCGCUGGUGAAUUGCGGUCGAUGACACAAGGCAAAGGAGAAUUUUCUAUGGAAUAUUCGAGAUAUUCCCCGUGUUUGCCUGAAAUACAAGAAAAACUCAUCAAAGAAUAUCAGGAUUUAAUGAAUCCUCAACAGCAAAAGAAAAAGAAUUAAUGUGAGAUGUGAGUAAUUGUUUAUUAGUAAACAGGCUUCGGAUUGUUCGAUUUUUUCGAUUCUUACGACUAUUCUCAAAAAAAGGCGACUUCUUCGACUUUUCUUCUGAAUAUUGCAAACAAAAUACCAUUUUUUGGUGUAAAAUACAAAUUAUGUAUUUCGAUUUUUUUUGGUAAAAAAUAACUAGUCAAAUAUUCAAUUUAUUUUCAAUUAAUUUUUCCAAAAUAAUUAAUUUUUCGAAAUAUGG